GAGAGAUAAGAAAAAACAAAUUGAAAAUUGAAAGUUAGAUCGGAAUGGCAACGUCGAAAGUACCAGGGGAACCAACACAAACAGGAACAGCAGUUCUUGAAACGGCAACGAGUGCUAUCCAAGGCUUUGGCCCUAUUAACAAAAUUCACCAGCACCUCUGCGCGUUUCAUUUCUAUGGGUACGACAUGACUAGGCAAGUUGAAUCUCACCAUUUCUGCGCACAUCAAAACGAAGAAAUGCGUCAGUGCUUGAUCUACGACAGCCCAGAACCUCAUGCACGACUCAUCGGUCUCGAGUACAUCGUAUCUGAGAAUCUCUUCUUGACACUCCCAGACAACGAGAAACCACUGUGGCACUCCCACGAGUAUGAAGUGAAGAGUGGUGUGUUAUUCAUGCCUGGUGUGCCUGGUCCUAUCCAGCGUCAAGAUCUUGAUAAGGUUGCCAAGACUUAUGGCAAGACGAUCCAUUUUUGGCAGGUUGACAAAGGUGAUGCAUUUCCUCUUGGGUUGCCUCAAAUCAUGAUGGCCCUCACUAGAGACGGUCAGCUCCAUGACAAUCUUGCUAAAGAUGUGGAGAAACGGUUCAAUGUAUCAUUUGAUGCUGAAAGAGAGAACAGAGCCUACAUGAAGGGACCUGAGCAUGGAAUACAUCAUCUGGCGAAUGGUGGAGGGAAAGGGAUUAAGACUGUGUUGAGGGAGACUGAUUGCAAGCCUGUGGAAUCUGUGCCCAGGGUUUUCGUCUGAAGUGUCUACUUAAGUUUUUAUCCUGCUGCUGUUGCUCAUAAAUAUGUAGCUGUAGAGUUGUUAUUUCGUCUUGCAGACUAGGUAAAUAGUAGUUUUUUUUUGUUUUGUUUUGUUUAUUUGGUUGUGCACCUUUGUUCCACUAUGUACUGUUGCUUGCGGAACUUUGAACAAUAUAUCCAUGGGUGGUUGCGUUGGUCGA